GUUUGAAACGUUCAGCGAGACGCUCUGCUUUUCCUUCAUUUAUUCCAGUUUCCCGACUUUUCCGAUGGGUAUUUCGUACAGUAAACUCUUCCGGGAGCUAAGCAGUGAGAAAGCUUCCGAGGAGAGGCAGCAAACUGAUCCUCGAUCACCAUCUCUUCAUAUUUCCCGAACUCCCAUGAGCGUUCUGCAGAAACAGUCUCACAGCAAGAUCACCAAAGCGCAGGAUCUCACGACGGAUAUCCAGACGCCUCUCAGUGGGAGUUAUGAGGCGCUCUUUCCACGGACAACGCAAUUGGAGCAGCUCCAUGUACAGACAAAUUCAAUGGACCCGAGGUCUCCAUCCCAGGGUGUCCAAAGAACUCCUCUCACACUACCACCAGAGCUGGAGGAAGUAGUACCAGUGACAUUAUUGGAAAGUGAACAGGAGGAAGACAGCGCAUCUGAGAGCUUCGAGUCGGCGCUAUCUAAAAUUGAUUUCGAAAGUUUUGAUGAGGAAAAGAAGCCUUUGGAGACGAAUUUUGAUUACCGUCCACCGGAAUCUGCGCCUGUUGAGAACGCUAUUGAUCCUCGGUCACCGGGGAUAGACAGAACACCCUUCGUUUUUCAAGACGAUGUGGAUAAGAAUGAGUGUGAGGAUGCAACACCCAAAUCUGUUCUAAAUGUUUUCCAGGACGAAAAUGCAGGUCAGAAUUUUACUCCCAAGCUGUCGAUUGUGGGUCAAGAAGGCGCUAGAACUCCUCUAAGCUGUCUGGCCAAUAGAGGAGCUCCGCGAACUGCAGAGUCUAAUGCGAAGACUGUGCGUAAGGGCAUGAAUAAUUUGGAUAACCGUCCGCUGAGCGUCUUCACCAGUGCCAAAGGGAAUCGCGGCAACUCCAAGAUUCCCCUGCCCAAGAGAUGCAUCGAGAAUUGAUAAUAAUGUUUGUGUUUAAAUUCCCGGGAGAUGAAGAAA